AUGGACAUGUUUCUGAAGUUCAGAAUUUAUGAUGAGACUCUUCCAAUUGUUGCAGCUCAGCUUCUUUUUACUGUAGGUGUAACAAGUGCAUUGGCUUUUGAACUUCCAAGCGAACCAAUUUAUCAUAUAACAGAAAAACUACGAGAUAGAUUGGUAGGUGCCGAAGAAGAUUACGAAGAUGAUGAUGACGAUAAUAAUGACGAAACAACAACAAUGGCAUCAAAUUCAGAUGACACUGAUAACUCAAGACGUAAAGAUAAGAAUCGCAAUCAAUUACAUUAUAUCGAUUACAAACAGAAGAACUAUUAUGAUUCAAUGAACAAGCAUCGCUACUAUUAUUCCCAGAACUACAAUAAUAACAAAUAUUAUCACAUCCCUUCAUCACCGAACUAUUAUUUCAACGAUAGAUUAGACAACUACACCAUGAAUUUUAACAACAAAUUCAAUCAACAGCUUCAAUCGCCUAUUUUUGUUACCACAAAACCAAAAAACAAAACCAAAAAUGUUUGGAGUAAAGUCAUGAAUAAAUUUGUUAAUGAAUUCGGACAAAAAGUUCUCACAAAAAAGUUGAAUGUAUCAAAAAAGAAAAAGAAACUUGGAAAUCUUUUUCUAAGAAAUCAUCAUCGAGUGUAUCCUGUGUUUGGUAAACGAAGUGUUGACGAUCAAUUGACUGAUGAAGAUAAGUUCUAUAUUGAACAUCAUCGGACCACAAGGAGAGGGAAAAAUGGAAGUGCUUGUGUCCUGAGGGCACUUUGUGAAACUGCACAGAAAAAUCAAAGAAAGGACAAAGCAUCUUUCUUGUUGGAGAUACUUCGAGCUGUCUUCAGUUUACCUCAUCAAGUUGAACCUUACCAAGACUCUUCUCACAAGCAAUUUGACGAUGCACACUUCUAUCUUCAAAGAGAUUGCAGUCAAGUAUUCUCAGAAUGUACUGACAGCAUAUGGUCACCAAAAUUUAAUUUCUAA